AUGAAUUUUUUAUCGGCAUAUGAUAAAAAAAAUCGAGCGUGAGUGUUUGGUUUGGAUUGUUUGACUGUCCGAAUCUCCCAGUUUGAGGGGAGCAUGUGAUUUUCGGCUCCGUAAUCGUUGAUCAUAAUAAAAAAUUAGAAAAACAUCAAAUCUAAACGUUUCAAUCUUCAAUCGCAUUUUUGGAAAUAAAAACUUGCAAAAAUGGAGACGCGAAAAGUUUAUGAAGAGACCUGUGAGGUGAUGCUGCCGCAAAAGGAUCAAACAGCGCUGCCACAAGGGAAAAAAUUCCCACAAUAUGUUGUCGCUCUCAUUGCAACUCUGGGUUCCUUUUGUGCGGGUACUGUGAUGGCUUGGACGUCGCCGACCCUCCCUGUGUUGAUGGGCCCAAACAGCCCCUUGCCCAUCACCGCCGAAGAGGGCUCGUGGAUCGGCUGUCUGAUGGCCGUCGGCGCCCUUUGCGGCGCCCUGCCGGCCGGCGUCGUCUCCGACAAACUGGGUCGGCGCCUCACCAUGCAGAUCGUGGCGGCGCCGCUGAUCGUCAGCUGGGUCAUGAUCAUCUUCGCACCCUCCGUCGGCUGGUUGUACGCGGCCCGCAUCAUCGCCGGCCUCGGCGUCGGCGCCGUCAGCGUCGUGGCGCCGAUCUACGUUGGUGAAAUUGCAGCCAGCGCCAUCCGAGGAUCGCUCGGAGGCUUUUUCCAGAUGCAACUCACCAUUGGCAUUCUCUUCACCUACUUGUUCGGAGCCGUUUUAAGUUAUCUCUGGCUCAACAUCAUCUCGGGUUGCAUCCCCCUCGUUUACCUGGUUAUUCUGUUUUUCGUCCCAGAAACACCUCAAAAUCUCUUGUCAAAAGGAAAACGCACUGAAGCCGAGCGGUCUCUGCAACGUUUGCGCGGCGACGGCUGCUACAUCACAGAGGAGCUGCGUCAAAUGCAGACAGCGUUGGAACGUCAGCGUGCCGAGACCACCAGUCAGAUGGAGGCCCUCAAGUCCAUAUUCAAGGAGAAGGCGUCGCGAAAGGCCCUGAUGGUUGGACUUGGACUGAUGCUGUUCCAACAGCUUUCCGGAAUCAACGCCGUCAUCUUCUACACGGUGAUCAUCUUUGACGCCGCUGGAAGCACCUUAUCACCGAGCGUGGCCACCAUCAUCGUCGGCGUGGUGCAAGUGGUCAUUUCCUUUUUGGCCCUACUUCUCGUUGACAGGGCCGGCCGAAGAAUUCUCUUGAUGAUUUCGUCAAGCGUAAUGGCAAUUUGUCUGGCAGCUCUGGGUGUCCAUUUCUACCUGUUGGACACUGGCGUCGACGUUUCAAACUACGGACUCAUUCCUCUGGCCAGCGUGGUGCUUUUCAUCAUCAUGUUCUCCCUUGGCUUUGGUCCCAUUCCGUGGACGAUGCUCGGCGAGUUGUUCCCAGCCAAGAUCAAGGGAGCAGCGUCCGCCAUGGCCUGCGUUGAGAAUUAUGUGCUCGUUUUCGUGGUGACCAAGACCUUCCAAGGGCUUCUCGAAUCACUCGGAUCGGCUGGCACCUUCUGGAUGUUUGGCGGAAUAUGCAUCGUUGGCACAGUUUUCGUCUUCUUCCUAGUUCCAGAAACCAAGGGCAAAACGCUAGACCAGAUUCAGCUGGAGCUUGCUAAAUAGAAUAAAAUCAUUUUAAUUAAAUUUGAUUUAUUUUAUGUAUGUUAAAUUUUAUUGUUUACGUGCUAAUUAAUUUUUUUCAAUCAAUUUAUUGAAAAUUCAAAUAUCUUUAUCAUAAUUUUUUUUUUUUAUUAAAAACGUCCACAACCUUUAAAAGGGUUGUGCAAUGCUUUCCAGUAUUAUAUUAUUUCUUGAAAUUUUUUAGUAGGUUUAAAAAUAAAAUAUUAAAUUUAUAAAAUUGCAUA